AUGGCGGAACCGAUACCGUCCCCAGGGCUUCGGACGAUUACACAGACGAUUGUUUGUGACGAGAAUAUGAACUCGGAGGAUAUGCUUGGGUUGAGGAUAUCGGCAAUCUUUGCUAUUCUUGCUGGAUCUACAUUUGGUGCAAUGUUUCCCAUAUUCGCACAUCAUGCCUCCUACUUACCUGGUCAGAAAUAUAUACUUUUUGCGGUCAAAUAUUUUGGAUCAGGUGUUAUUGUGGCUACGGCUUUCAUACAUUUACUUGCACCGGCAAACGAAGCUUUAACAAAUCCCUGUCUAAAUGACACCCUAACAGGGUAUCCAUGGGCGGAAGGUAUAGCCCUUAUGGCGGUAUCGCUUUUGUUCUUUGUCGAGCUUCUUGCAACUUCAUUUGCAACUCUUGCCAUAGCAGGCGGCGGUCACAGCCACAACCAUGACGAUUCACAUGGUCAUUCCCAUUCUCAGACAAAGAAACGCCGAGUCUCGCUUCCCGGAGAAGAUCAUCUUGGCCAUGUGCGAAUGCACCAGAGUAUUGAAAUGGGACGCUCAGUUGAAGGGGGCGCUUUGGGAUCGGACAGUAAUAGCACGGAGGCUGUAUCCGAAGCGAUCUCGAGAGGCACACCACUCAAACUUGAAACUAAGCAACAUGACGAAGAAAGAGCCCUUGAAGCCUCCGAAGACUAUGCAUCUCAGUUGAUCUCCGUCUGCAUCUUUGAAUUUGGUGUUAUCUUCCACUCGGUGAUCAUAGGCUUAACCCUAGCUGUCACUGGCGAGAAUUUCACUACUCUCUACAUAGUUCUCGUCUUCCACCAAACUUUUGAGGGGCUCGCCCUCGGAACACGACUCGCCGUCGUACCAUGGUCCAAAGCACGCCGUUUAACGCCAUACGCCAUGGCUAUCGCCUACGGUCUUUCGACACCUCUAGCCAUAGCAAUCGGCCUUGCGGCGAGGAAGUCAUACACUUCAAACAGCACUAGAGCUAUUUUAGUGCAAGGGAUUUUCGACGCUAUAAGCGCAGGUAUUCUACUGUAUACCGGGUUAAUAGAACUCAUGGCGCAUGAGUUCCUAUUUAGCGAGACGUUCCGACCCGUCCGACGAGGGAAAAGACGACGGUUGUUCGCGGCUUAUGGGUUCAUGAUGCUUGGUGCCGGUAAGCCAAACCUAAACCCCUGGUAUUUCUGUGCCUGA